UAUAGGAAGAAGUAUAGUCGAUAUUUUGGGCUGAGACCCUUCUUCCUAUAGAUGCUGCCUGGCCUGUUGCAUUCUACCAGCAUUUUGUGUGUGUUGGACGAUGGAAUUAUUGGCUUUCCAGCCAGGUUCAGAAUCUGAAUCAGGUUUAUUGUCACUGGUAUGUGAUGUGAAAUUUGAAACCUAGCAGCAACAUUUCAAUGCAAUACAUAAUCCAGAAAAGAGAAAGAAAUAAAAAUAAUAAGAAUAAACAAGUAAAUCAAUUACAGUAUGUGUAUAUUGAAUGGAUUUUUAAUAAAACAUGCAAAAAACAGAAAUGCUAUAUAUUAAAAAAGUGAGGUAGUGUCCAAGGAUUCACUGUCCAUUUAGGAAUCGGAUGGCUAAGGGGCUGUUUCAGGAGCAGUUCCUGAAUCGCUGAGAAUGAGCCUUCAGGAUUCUGAACCUCCUACCGGAUGGUAACAGUGAGGAAAGGGCAUGCCCUGGGUGCUGAAGGUCCUUAAUAAUGGACGCUGUCUUACUGAGACACCACUCCCUGAAGAUGUCCUGGGUACUUUGUAGGCUAUUACCCUAGAUGGAGCCAACUAGAUAUACAAACAUCUGCUGCUUCAAUCAGUCCUGUUAAGGGAUGAUACAAAUACAGGCAGAGAGACAGGAAAUUUUGAAGAAGCUGGGAGUCUGCAAAAGAGACAAAUUUGGAGAAUGGACAAAGAAUUGCAUAUGCAAUAUAGUGUAUGGAAGUGUAUGGUUAUGUACUUUGGUAGAAGGAAUAAAAGCAUAGUCUAUUUUCUAAAAAGGCAAAAGAUUCAAAAAUCAGAGGUGCAAAGGGACUUCCAUGCAGGAUUCCGUAAAAGUUAACUUGCCAGCUGAGUCAGUGGUAAGGAAGGGAAAUUCAAUGUUAGUAUUCAUGUUGAGAGGACGAGAAGAUAAAAGGAAAGAUGUAAAGCUGAGGCUAUUUUAUAAGGUAUUGGUUAGACUGCACUUGCAGUAUUGUGAGCAGUUUUAAGCCUAUUAUCUAAGAAGAAUUGUGCUGGUGUUCAAGAGUGUCCAGAAGAGGUUCACAAGAAUGAUUCCAGGAGUGAAACCUAUCAAAUAUUAAAAGGACUGAAUAGAGUAGAUCUGGUGAAGAUGUUUCCUGUCGUAGGUGAUUCUAGGACCAAAUGUCCAGUCAAUCAUGGCUGAUCCAAUUCUUCCAGUCAUCCCAAUUCCCCUGCCUUGUCCGCAUAUCCUUUGAUGAGGGCAUGCAGACAAUCACAUGGAAUACUGUACGUCCUUCUCCACUUCUUGCCUCCCUUGCUUUACAUUUUGGACUCUGCUUUUCCCGUGCCCUUCUCAGCAGCUUUGGACGGCUUAGGCAUUUCUUCAAUCAGUUUAAGACACAGAAAAAAUGGAAAUUAAAAAAUGCCAAUUAAAUAGGCAGCAUAGGUCAAAUAUGAUGGCAGAAUAUGGUAUUAAUGGUAGGACUCUUGGCAGCGUGGAUGAUCAGAGUUAUGUUGGGGCCCGAGUCCAUAGAACGCUCAAAGCGGCUGCACAGGUUGACUCUGUGGUUAAGAAGACCUAUGGUGUAUUGGCCUUCAUCAAUCAUGGAAUAUAAUUUAAGAGCCGAGAGGUAAUGUUGCAGCUAUAUAGGACCCUGGUCAGACCCCUCUUGGAGUACCCUGCUCAGUUCUGGUCGCCUCACAAAAAUUUGCAGAUUUAUUUGCCCUUAGGGUUGGUGGAUCCGCCGGUUUUCUUCGGCAAUAGUACGGCCUGGAUAUUGGGCAGCACCCCACUCUGAGUGAUGGUCACCCUCCCAGGAGCUUGAUGAGAUCCUCGUCGUUGCGGGCAGCCAGCUGCAAACGUCUGGGGACGAUGCCUGUCUUUUUGUUGUCCCGGGCCGCGUUGCCCAAUUUUGGAGGAGUGUAGGCGAGACCACGGUGUGAUCACCGAAUACAGCGGACUAGACUGGAAAAAGUACGACUGGAUUACCGCUUCACCUGGAAAAAAAAAGUUCAGGACCGUGGAUUGGGGGGCGCGGGACAAGGAGAUGAAGAAGCAUCUCAUUCCAGCUGGAAAUAGGUUUUGAGUCUGAAAUAGAGUUUUCGUCUGUAACUCGGUGUAAUCCACUGCAACCGGGGUGCUGAGAACACAACAGCAUUGGUUCAUUAGAGAUCAGUUCUUCAACUGCAUUGACUGUGUGAGGGAUUCACUACGUCUGACAUCUGACUGCACGAAUUGUCAGAGAACUGAAAGCAAGCAGAUAUCAUUCAGCUGCUCUCAGUGAGGGAAAGGAUUCUCUCAUGCAGCCGACCCCCAGACACAGCAUUGAGGCCAUUUACUUGAUCAGACUGGGAAGGGACUCAAUCAGUCAUCUGACUUACUGGCACACCGGUCAGUUCACAUUGGGGAGAUGUCUUUUACCUGCUUAGACUGUGGGAAGGGAUUUACUCGGUCAUCUGACCUGAAGGAACAUCAGCGAAUUCACACUGGAGAGAGGCCGUUCACCUGCUCAGAUUGUGGGAUGAGAUUUACUCGGUCAUCUCAACUGAAGGGACAUCAGCGAGUUCACACUGGGGAGAGGCCGUUCACCUGCUCACACUGCGGGAAGAGAUUUUGUCGUUCAUCUCAAAUGAAGGAACAUCAGCGAGUUCACACUGGGGAGAGGCCGUUUACCUGCUCAGACUGUGGUAAGGGAUUUACCCGGUUAUCUCAACUGAAGGAACAUCAGCCAGUUCACACUGGGGAGAGGCCCUUCAUCUGCUUACACUGUGGGAAAGGAUUUCCUCGGUCAUCUCAACUAUUGGAACACCAGUCAGUUCACACCGGGGAGAUGCCAUUCACCUGUUCACAUUGUGGGAAGGGAUUCACUCGGUCCUUCAGCCUACAGAGACACCAGUCUGUUCACACUGGGGAAAGGCCAUUCGUGUGUUCCAUGUGUGGAAAGGGAUUUACUCGGUUACCUGACCUACUGGCUCAUCAGUCAGUUCACACUGGGGAGACGCCGUUCACCUGCUCAGACUGUGGGAAGGGAUUCACUCGGUCAUUUCACCUGAAGGAACAUCGACGACUUCACACUGGAGAGAGGCCAUUCAUCUGCUCAGACUGUGGGAAGGGGUUCACUAAGUUAUCCCACCUACAAACACACCAGCGAGUCCAUAAUGGGGAGAGGCCAUUCACCUGCUCAGACUGUGGGAAAGGAUUUACUCAAUCAUCUCAACUAUUAGGACACCAGCGAGUUCACACUGGGGAGAGGCCAUUUACCUGCUCAGACUGUGGUAAGGGAUUCACUCGAUCAUCUCAACUGAAGGUACAUCAACGAAUUCACACUGGGGAGAAGCCAUUUACCUGCUCAGACUGUGGGAAGAGAUUCAUUCGGUUAUCUCAACUGAAGGUACAUCAGCGAGUUCACACUGGGGAGAGGCCAUUCAUGUGUUCAGUGUGUGGGAAGAAAUUCACUCGGUCAUUCAGUCUGCAGAGACACCAGCGAGUUCACACUGGGAGAGAGGCAUUCACUUACUCUGACUGUGGAAAGGGAUUCACUCCAUCAUGCAGCCAGUAGAAACGCCAGUUGGUUCACACUGGGAGAGAGGCCACUCACGUGUUCUGUGUAUGGGAGGGGUUUACAACAGUCAUACAACUUCCAGAAACACCAGCAAGUUUACACUGGACAGAGGCAUUUCACCUGCUCAGAAUGUGGGAUGGGUUUCACUGGAUCAACUGAUCUACUGGCUCACCAGUCAGCUCAUACUGGGGAGAAACUAUUUACCUGUCAGACUGUGGGAAGGGAUUCACUCAGCCAUUUCAGCUACUGACACAUCAGCGAGUUCACACCAUUCACCAGUUCUGAGUGUGGAAGGUGAUUCACUCGGUCAUCUCACUUUGUGAUGCACUAUUCGGUCCACACUGGGGAAAAAGUUUAAAUCGGCUGCAUGUUGGACAUUUAACCAUUGUGGUUGCUGAAUCCUGAGGCAAGUUCAAAAGUAAUUGUUGGUGGCAAACUCUGCAGUUAUUGCUGCUGCUCGUCACACCCAGUUCUGCACCCUGUUCACUGGGCAUGGGAGGAGUUUAUUAUGUCGAUGUUCACUAAUAGGACUGGAGUUUAGUAUUCUGGAUCUGUGACGAAUAAACCAGUUCUAUUUUAAACUCUGUCUCAGGUACUUAGUGAAGCUACAACACACCCAGUGUACAACAGUGAGUCAACUGAGCCCAUCUGAUCCCUGCAGGAGUUUUUGUUCUGUAACAGUCCUUUAAGUCCAUCCCUGCCGUCCACCUCUGGGUCUCCCUGUGGAGAUGGUUUCCAAAUAAUCACCACUCUGUGGGUGAAGAGGUUUCAUCUGAAUUUCCUGCAUGACUUUCUGCAGAUUGAAGAAGACGAGUUGGCUGCAGUCAUGUUUGGCUUGUUCUUCAUCCUUUGAAUAUCUGGGCAAGGAAGAAUGACAUUGAUAGAUAAUGACCUUUUUCCCUGUUCAUUUCAAUGAUAUAGGCCAUUUUCACUGGUUCUAAAGGGCUUUCUCACACAGAUGGGUUGUUAGGAUACACACUGUCCUCCAAAGUCCGAAAGCAGAAUGGAGGACCAAUAGUUGUAUGUUCAGUGGAACAUGGUCAGAAACCAGAGACGGGUCAGCAGAGGACAGAGUCUGGGGCUCUGGUCAGUGGUAGGGUUAAGAGCAUAUGAUGAGGAACAGGGAAACAGAGCAGGGGGUGUGGCAACAAAUGGCAGGGUAGCAACAUUUGGAAGCUGAUUGACAGAGGAAAAACAUUAGGUUGACUUUGUUGAUACACUAUGUCUGUUGUCAUUGAGUACAUUGCUUGUGGGAACUUGCUAUGUUAAACUGGCUACUGAGUUCUCAUAAAAAUAUUGACUUGAUUGGUGACAUUUGGGCACAGAGGAGGCGAUGCUUGUAAAUGCUUUCGAGAUAUUAUUCUUCCCCAGAAAUUUGAGUUUUAGAAGGUACAAUCACUGUGUGUGCAUGUGCUGAGUCUGUUGAAUCUGUUUGUCAUUUUCUUUGCAGUUUUCAAUUAGUUAUCUGCUUGUAUUUUGAGUAGCCUUUGUAUACAUAAUAGUUUACUAUGCAUGUACAAAGUAUAAUUCUGGGACUUACAUAAAUAAGUAUUUCCUCAUUGGUUAAUUUGUACUGCAAUAUUGACCAAGUACUUUCUUAUUGGAUUAUUGUUAUCAUAGAUUUGAAUGGAAAUUUUUAUUUGUGUAUGAAAGUAGCUGUGUUACACAAGAGUCCAUAUUUUGUUUCUCUUGCUGCUUCAAGUAGUAGACCCCUUUCACUGUUCUGUUCCUGUUCUAUCAUCUUUUAAUAAAGCAAUCAUGAAGCAACAUGUUUUAUGUCCCAUUCCUG